AUGUUACACUAAUCAAUGAAGUAGAGUAAGAAGUGUACACAAUAAUUAUUCAUAACAUUUCUCAUACAACUAAUUAGUAUAUACAAUACGCUUUUUCAAUAUUAGGUGAUAUUGCUUACAUCACUAUAUUUAAAGAUGAUAAUGGUGAAUCUAAAGGAGUAGGAUAUGUGGCAUUUUAAUAUAAAGAAGUAUAUAAUAAAGCUAUAAUAGCCAAGACUUUGAUAUUUGAAGAUAAUAUAUUGACUAUUCUAUAGAAAUAACUAUUCAUAUCAUGGAAAAUAGAUUCAAAUAAUUGAAAUUCAGAUAUUAAUAACUAUAAAAAAAGAAGUGGAAGCAUAAUAAAAUAGAUAAUGUAAAGAUAUCAUAAGUUGAAAUUAAUUUAGUAAUAUUUAUGAAUUAAAUUAAGAUUUAGAAUUAGAAUUAAAGAAUGAUAAGAAUGAGUGGAAGAAUAAUAAGAAGGAAAAUCAAAAAAAUUAAAUCUAUAGUUGGAGAUGAUGAUUUUGCUUUAGUUGCAAAAAUGAAAUAAUUUAAAAAGGCAUACAGUAAAUUAAAGAUUAUAAAAUAGAUGACUUAUAUUGUAGUAUUUUAAAUAAAUGAAAGAAAACAAAGAAAAAUAAAAAUGGAAUAAAAUAAAAAAAAAGCAAAUAAAAUAUAUAAAAUGUGA